CAGCAGACCUGACUGUGUCUAACGCCCCGACCACAUCUCUCCCACCGGCUUCAUUGAAAUUACAGGAACUGACCUUGCUUUAAGUUUCAUGAGCACAGAGGCACAUCAGUACGUCCACAGCUUGAAGCUAACAAAGCUGACUUUGCAAGAACACUUCUCGCUCCUCUUGCAUUUGAAUGGAAAUAAAAGAGAUUCUGUGACCUUGGAAGGUGAAGAUGUUGUUACCAUGGGAACUAUUAAUCCUGCUGUCACUCAAGAGCUGCCUAGCAGAGAGAAUUAUUCGACAUGGCCCAGUGUUCACCCAAGAGCCCAGUGACAGCGUGUUCCCUUUAAGUACUGAGGACAACAAGAUAUUUAUCAACUGCAAAGCCAAGGGAAGUCCAGCACCUCAUUACAAGUGGAAAUUCAACGGGAAAUACCUUGACAUUGACAUGGACUUCAAUUACAGUCUUGUUGAGGGAAAUCUGUUGAUCCAUAACCCACAGGCAACUAAUCAUGGAGGUGUUUACCAGUGUAUCGUCACUAAUGCUUUUGGAACCAUCCUCAGCCGAGAGGCAAAAGUGGAGUUUGCAUACCUGCAGAAUUUCAGUAGCAAGGCAAGGAGUCCAGUGCUAGUGAGGGAUGGACAGGCUGUUGUGCUCCUGUGUGGUCCACCACCCCAUUUUGGAGAAAUCAGAUACUCCUGGAUAUUUAAUGGCCGCCCCAGUGUUGUCGUUGGAGAUAACCGUCGCUUUGUGUCCCAGAGGACUGGAAACUUGUAUAUUGCUAAGGUGGAGACGUCAGAUGUGGGCAACUACACAUGUGUGGUGAAGAAUAUGAUGACCAACACAACCGUCUACAGCUCUCCGACUCCAGUUGUGCUACGGCGGGAUGCUGUGAUGGGGGAAUAUGAGCCCAAGAUUGAAGUCCAGUUUGAAAAAAACAUCCAAGUUGCCAAAGGAUCCUCGGUUAGACUGGAGUGCUUCGCUUUAGGAAAUCCAGUGCCUUCUAUCUCCUGGAAGAGGGCAGACGGGAACCCUUUCCCUGGAAAAAUGAAGAUAAAUCAUUCCAAUGGGGUCCUGGAGAUCCCAUAUUUUCGUCCAGAGGAUGCUGGACUUUACGAGUGUGUGGCCGAAAACUCCAAAGGACGUAGUGUUGCAAAAGGACAUCUUGUAUUUCAAAAUGUCGAACACCUGCAAUGGUUGCAGACUCUGUUUGAUACAAACAUGGCUAUUGAGGCUGAUCUUCAUUGGGAGUGCAAAGCUAAUGGAAAACCUCAACCUGUUUACAGAUGGCUUAAGAAUGGACAGCCUGUGAUCCCUGAGGACAGAAUUCGUGUUGAUGGUGGCAGGUUAACCAUCUCCAACAUAAGCCUGAUAGACUCUGGCAUGUAUCAGUGUUUGGCAGAGAAUGAGAAUGGAGUCAUAUAUGCCAGUUCAGAGCUCAAAGUUGUGGCCUCUCCGCCAGACUUCUCCAAAAACCCACUGAGGAAGACCACGCUGAUCCAAAGAGGCGGGGAGGCUAUCAUCGAAUGCCGGCCGCACGCGUCCCCCAGAGCAUCGUACUUUUGGAAGAAAGGCAACGAGUUUGUGAAAGACAGCAAGAGAUGGACCAUCUUAGAGGACGGCACUCUUAGGAUCACCAACGUUACCAAAUCGGAUGCAGGCAGGUACACUUGUGUGGCCAGAAACCCAUUUGGCACAUCCAGCAGUAGCGGCACUUUAGUGGUCAAAGAACCAACCAAGAUUACAGUGCCUCCACUGAGUAUGGAUGCCACAGUAGGGGAGAGCAUUGUCCUGCCAUGUGAAGUAUCUAAAGACUCCACUCUACACCCUACUUUUAAGUGGUUCUUCAGUGGGAAACUUAUCGAUUUCAGUAGACACGACCACUUUGGAAUGAUAGGAGGGGAGUCGUCUGGCGAUCUUAUGAUCAGAAACGUACAGCUGAAGCACUCUGGAAAGUACGUCUGCAUGGUGCAUACAGCAGUGGACAGUGUGUCUGCCGCAGCACACCUAAUUGUCAGAGGGCCCCCUGGUGCACCGGUGGGCGUGUUGGUUGGGGAAGUCACAGAUAGGACCGCUCAACUCUCAUGGGGACCGGGGCCAGACAACCACAGUCCCGUUACCCUUUACAUCGUACAAGCCAGGAUGCCAUUCUCUAUUGGCUGGCAAGCAGUCAAAACUGUUCCUGAUUCUGUGCCUGGACAGAUGAUUCAUGCGACAGUUGUGGAUCUAAAUCCAUGGGUAGAUUAUGAAUUUAGAGUUGUGGCUAUCAACAGCGUGGGAGUGGGGGAGCCCAGCGUGCCAUCCAAACCCGUUCGCACCAAAGCUGCAGAUCCUGAAGUCGCUCCAGCCAACGUGAGUGGAGGUGGCGGCAGCCGAGGCGAACUCGUGAUUGUUUGGGAGCCUUUGCCAGAAGAGCUGCAAAAUGGACAAAAAUUUGGAUAUGUCGUGGCAUUUCGUCCGCUUGGCAGCACAACAUGGAAACAGAGUGUGUUGGCCUCAGCCGAUGCUUCGCGAUAUGUUUUUAAAAAUGACAGUUUUCCGCCACUCACUCGGUUUGAAGUAAAAGUCGGUGUCUACAACAACAUCGGAGAGGGACCGUUUAGCCCCGUGGUCAUUGUAUAUUCAGCUGAUGAAGAACCUUCAGUAGCUCCUUCAAGAGUAUGGGCUCACACUCUCUCAGCAUCUGAGAUCGAGGUUUUCUGGGAAGCUGUCCACCAAACCAGCAGCAAAGGAAGGAUAACAGGCUAUGAGGUGCAGUGGUUGGAGGAUGGGUCACCAGAAAGUGAUGCAGAGAGAGUAAGAGUCACAGAGAGCUCAGUCAAUAUCACCGGUCUGAAGGGAAGCACUCUGUAUCUGGUGUCUGUCAGAGCGUACAACAGUGCGGGCACCGGACCCUCCAGUGUCCCCAUCAGUAUCACCACCAAGAAACCACCUCCAAGUCAACCUCCAGGGAACAUUGAGUGGAACUUGACAAACUCAAAGGUCAUUCUGAACUGGGAACAUGUGAAGGCGAUGGACAAUGAAUCAGAAGUAACCGGCUACAAGGUUGUGUACCGUCAGAGCUGGCACAGGGGAAGCAGCAUAGUGGAGACCAACAGGACGUCCGUGGAGCUUCAGUUGCCAUCAGGAGAAGACAUGCUCAUUCAGAUUAAAGCCCUGAGUGAUGGAGGAGAUGGCAGCAGCAGCAGCCCUAUACGUAUACCAAAGAUGUCAAGCCUGAACUCAAAAGGAUACUUUAGUUCUGAUGCGAACAAGAUGGUCCAUGUUCACGGAGUUGUGUUUGUGAUGCUGUCAUGGUUGUUUUCGUAGAAUUUUGCCUUUACUUAGCACAUACUUCUAAAAAGCUGGUUUGUUACAUUUUAUUUGAUUUUUUAAAAAGGAAAAUGCUGACUCAGCUCCAUUGCCUUAUAUUGUGAUGUUUUUUACCUCUUUGUCAAACUAUUUGUCCUUUUGUAUGUAGAUAAUAUGCACAAAAAGCAAGCUUUCUCAUGUAGCUACUACUUUUGCUUAGGUGUUCAGAACUGAGAUUCAAAUCGAGCACAUCUUGAAUCAUGUAAUGCAGUAGUGACCUGGAAAUAUGGAUCUCCAAAAGAAUUGCUGGGAUUCUUGAUUAUACCUAUGCUGUUUUUUUUUUUGUUUGUUUGUUUUUUUCAGUCGGGUGGGUCAAAGAAGUCAAAAGGAAUGUGUUUGUGUAUGUUAAAAGGCCAUUUAUAUGAUUACAUGCAUUCUGUUUUUCCCUUAAACCUAAAAUUAAGGGAUGUUACUGUUUCUCAGAGUAGCAACAAUUUGUUAAAAACAUAGUUUCGGGGGCCUGGGUAGCUCAACGAGUAUUGACGCUGACUACCACCCCUGGAGUCAUGAGUUCGAAUCCAGGGUAUGCUGAGUGACUCCAGUCAGGUCUCCUAAGGAACCAAAUUGGCCCGGUUGCUAGGGAGGGUAGAGUCACAUGGGGUAACCUCCACUUGGUCGCGAUUAGUGGUUCUCGCUCUCAAUGGGGCACGUGGUAAGUUGUGCGUGGAUCGCAGAGAGUAGUAUGAGGCUCCACAAAUGCAGAGUCUCGACGGUGUCAUGCACGACAAGCCAUGUGAUAAAAUGCGUGGAUUGAUGGUCUCAGAGGUGGAGGCAACUGAGACUUGUCCUCUGCCACCAGGAUUGAGGUGAGCAACCGUGCUACCAUGAGGACCUACUAAGUAAUGGGAAUUGGGCAUUCCAAAUUGGGAGAAAAGGGGAUAAUAUAAAUAAAUAAAUACAAAAAAAAAAAAAAAAAGUUUCUAGACAGUUGCACAACUCUCUUGCAGCUCUGAUAUUUAGAAGAGUUAGUAUAAAUAAUUUUUUUGAAAACUACUUUAAAGAGUUUUGAUGAUCAAAUUAUUUUAAAUUCAUCCCAAAAAAAUCAUCAGUUGAUUUAAGAUUUUUUUUUUUUCAUUCAUAUAUUUUUGAUCGUCCUAUGAACAUAAACAUCAAAACAGAUAUUUCUCUUAUAACUCUCAAAGAUGCUUCAUUGUGUUUGUUCCUUUUAUUGAUAAUCUUUUUUGCAAACAUCUUCUGAGUUUGACUACUUGAAGAUUAGAUAAAAGCUAAAAGUACCAGUCAUCAGGGGCCUGAUGUAUAAACUUGCCGUAAAUAUGUGCGCAUCGUCCACACACUCUUAACACUCAACUGGACAGUAAUGAAAUGAACAGGCUGAUUAUAAACUUUGCAUUUCAUAAAUAAGAACCCACACCUAGAAUAAAUAAGUUUGGAGUUAAGCACUCGGAUCAGAAGUAACUUUUAUGCAGCCGAUAGUAGACUAUGUUAAUUUCACGUAACUAAUUGAAAAUGCAUUUAAAAUAUAAGCUGUAAAAAGGAAAUUUUGGAAUGGAUGCGCUGCUUUUGGAAGACUUUCCCAUGCAUCAUAAAGAGGGAACAUACUUAUAAUGACAGAGAGAAUUUCUUUGCUCGUAAAAUGUUCAGUUCCCAAUUCCAUCCGCUUGGAAUUGUGUUCUAUUACAGAAAUCACGUUUUGAGGUAAAAGAAAACAUUGAAAAAAAGAUGAUCUGCGAUGUGCUCUUGACUCUGACUGACAUGGAAUGGCUUGGGAAAACUGAAAGGCAAUGAUAACCCUGUUCGUGGUAAUGAAAAACAUAAUGAAAAAUGUCAUCACCGUUCAGCAGUGUUGUGGUAUAAGUCUAAGAUGAAACAAAAGAUAAGCUUACAUGUUGCACGUUUUAUUUCUUUUAAAAAAAUCUGCUUUUUGUGAUCUGAUGAUGUGAGACAGUGUUUUACAAUGCCAAUUUUUGUUUGUUUGUUUGUUUGUUUUUGCUUACAUUAAAAAAAAAAAAUCUAACUUUAAAGGAUCUAUAAAACAUCCUAAAAACGAUUAAAAAAAAUUAACUGAAAGCAAAGUUGCAUAAGUUAGUAGAUUUAUGCUUAUUACUCUUAAAAAUAUGGACCGUAUUCAUAGUAGCACCAUCUUUAAUUUUUGACGGGAAUGAAAACGAGUCUGUGAGGGACAGACUAACAGUCGUUUUAAUGGGUUGUACUGUUGUUUUGUGUGUUUUGGAUUGUUCCGCUAUAAAAUAAUGAAAAAAAAAAAAAAACAAACAUAUUUAUAAGGAAUUUCACUAGACAGAAAAACUCGAGAUAACGUGAGUUGUGGAAAAUUAGAUGUGAUACAGUGGAUGACAUUGAAAAGACUGUAAGUCUAUCCCUCACAGCCUCGCUUUCAUUCACAUAAAAAAAUCAAAUAUGGCAUUACUGGGAAUAUUAUCUAUAACAGGAAUUUAAAAUGUAAAAACUUUUGUGCAUACGCAAAAUCUGAAUUGUGUGCGUACGCACACUUUUAGAAGGACAUCUACGACAGGUUUUAUACAUGAGGCCCCAGGACUUAGUUGUACUGACAUAUUGCCUCUGUCAGUUUAAAUCUAAAUAUCAGAAUUCACGUGUCUGCAGUGUUUAUCAGUUUGUCAAUUAGUGACCAUGGAUGGACACUGAAAACUGAUUUAUUUGUUUUUUAUAUCUAUUUAUUUAUCAGAUAUAUUUAUUUAUUUUAUCAUUAUUGGUUUAAAAUGUUGUUUGUUUUUCAUUAACAUUUUUAUUAAGUAAAAUUUUACAUGAUAGUAUCCACAUUGUUCUUUUGCGUUAUUUUGAAAUUUAGCAUUUUAGAAUUGUAAAAUUUAAUUCCUGUUUUAUUUUUCUUUUGCUCUUGUGUAAGCAUUUUGAGCUAUUUAAUACCUUUGUAUUAAUCUUGUACAAUCUCUGAGAGAUGUAAUAAAAAUAAAUAAAAUUUCAUAUUGAAAUUUAAA